AGGAGGAAAAGCAAAAAGAGCCAACUGCCCUGGAAGACUUGGAACACAGGAGCAGCGGGGGAAGUCUUGCUCAGACACGUGGCCUGUAACAACUAGUUGGGAAGCCUGCAGAGUGCACAGCUCUGAAAGACCCACAGCUGCUGGGAGCUGAGUCCCGAAAUGAGGCUGCUUAGGUUGCUGCUUUUCCUGGCCCACUGGGGAGUCAUCAGGGCUGAACCAGGAAAGUUCUGGCACAUCUCUGACCUACACCUUGACCCCAACUACACAGUGUCCAAAGACCCCCUCCAGGUGUGCCCAUCAGCCGGCUCCCAGCCCGUGCCCAAUGCAGGCCCCUGGGGUGACUACCUCUGUGAUUCUCCCUGGGUCCUCAUCAACUCCUCCAUCUAUGCCAUGAAGGAGAUCGAGCCGCAACCAGACUUCAUUCUCUGGACGGGUGAUGACACGCCGCAUGUGGCCGACGAGAGGCUGGGAGAGGCGGCAGUGCUGGAAAUUGUGGAGCGCCUGACCAACCUCAUCAGAGAGGUCUUUCCAGAUACUAAAGUCUAUGCUGCUUUGGGAAAUCAUGACUUUCACCCUAAAAACCAGCUCCCAGCAGGGAGCAACAAUAUCUACCGUCAAGUUGCAGAACUGUGGAGACCCUGGCUUAGUAAUGAAUCCAUCACUCUCUUCAGAGAAGGUGCCUUCUAUUCUGAGAAGUUGACGGGUCCCAGCAGGGCAGGGCGAGUUGUGGUCCUCAACACCAAUCUGUACUACAGCAACAACGAGCAGACGGCUGGCAUGGCUGACCCCGGCCAGCAGUUCCAGUGGCUGGAAGAUGUGCUCAGCAAUGCAUCCCGAACUGGGGAGAUGGUGUACAUCAUUGGCCACGUGCCCCCAGGGUUCUUUGAGAAGACGCAGAACAAGGCAUGGUUCCGGGAGGCCUUCAAUGAGGAGUAUGUGAAGGUGAUCCAGAAGCACCAUGACGUCAUAGCGGGACAGUUCUUCGGGCACCACCACACUGACAGCUUUCGGAUGUUCUAUGACAAUGCAGGUGCUCCCAUCAGUGCCAUGUUCCUCACACCCGGGGUCACCCCAUGGAAAACCACAUUACCUGGAGUGGUGAACGGGGCCAACAAUCCAGGCAUUCGGGUGUUCGAGUAUGACCGAGCCACACUGAGCCUACAGGACAUGGUGACCUACUUCAUGAACCUGAGCCAGGCAAACGCACAGGAGACCCCGCACUGGGAGCUCGAAUACCGCCUGACAGAGGCCUACCGCGUGCCAGACGCAGGCACCCGCUCCAUGCACACGGCACUGACCCGCAUCGCCAGCGACUCAGACACCCUGCAACGUUACUACGUCUACAACUCUGUCAGCUAUGACACCGGGAAAUGCAGCUUCUCCUGCCGCGUGGAGCACACGUGCGCCAUGCAGCACGUAACCUUCCACGCUUACACUGCUUGUCUGCACGGCCCAGGCACUGCGCUUGCGCCGGGGCUCGAGAGCCUGCUGGCUGUGCUGGUGCAUUCACGUCCUUGUAAACACCUGCAAAACAUAAGCGACUCCGGUAUGACCAAUAGGGAGGAGGCCUGGUGCUGCCGGACUCUCCAAGAUCCAUCUUGCUUUGGAAUGGAUGUACAUUAUUAUGUCUCCCCGGUUCCAAGUGAAAAACAAGUUCAGGUCUAAGCCUGUUAAGGUAGGCUCCUUUGACGGAGAGAGUUGCCUUUUGCUCAUUACCAUGUCAUUAUAAUCUCAUUGUACUUUAAAAUGUUCUUUCCCCUCCCCCAAGUUUUUAUGGGUAGGCAUGGGUAAUGGCAUGCACAGAAUAACUCUUGUGACAUGUCAAGCACUCUCUGUGGACUGGUCCUGGGGAGAGACUUGAAGCUCCAAGCCCCCCAAACUUCGGUUGAAACCUGUGAUGGGGUGCAGGUUGUCAUUGUCUGGAUCUCCCUUCUGAGACUAUAAUGUGUACUUAAACUGCUUUUGCUGAAAAGCACUGAUUCUUUACUUGGGCCCACGAAUUAACCAAAAACAGAAGCCAGGUGCU